AUGUCGGGCCCCCAGCCGCGGCUGGUGGAGGCGUUGGCCGGUGUGCCGAUGCAGGCGGUGGCAGCUGGCGGGUGGCAUUCGGCCAGCGUUAGCGUGGCAGGAGACCUCUACGUGUGGGGCUGGAACGAGUCGGGCCAGCUGGCCCUGCCCUCCAAAGCGCUGGCAGAAGAGCGGGCACAGGACGAGGACACAGGUGCAGGGGACGCCGAGCUGAGGCCCCACCAGGCGCCGCUGGCCGCCGAGGACGCGGCUUUCAUUUCCAUCCAGGCGUUCCCGGCGCUGCUGGAUCUGCCCCUGGACCUGGAGGUCAGCAAGGUCAGCUGCGGGUCCCGGCACACGGCUGUCGUCACACGAGGCGGCGAGCUCUACACCUGGGGCUGGGGUAAAUACGGGCAGCUGGGACACGGGGACAACGCCAGCUCUGACCAGCCACGCCGCGUCGAGGGCCUGGUGGCCGAGGGGCUGCGGGCAGAGGAGGUGGUGUGCGGGCCCUGGACCACCUACGUCUGCGUGCUGGAGCCCUGA